AUGAAAACCAACAGAAAAUUAAACCCCAAUUUCUCAGUUUGCCUUUUGCUGAUUCUUUGGCCUGCAUUUGCAUUUUCUACUUUCUUAUUUCAGGGAUUUAACUGGGAUUCUUCAGGGCAAGAUGGAGGAUGGUGGAAUCAUCUUAUUAAAUUAGUCCCAGAUUUGGCUGAUGCUGGUUUCACUCAUGUUUGGCUUCCCCCACCCUCAAACUCCCUUGUAAAUCACUCCCAAGGGUAUAUGCCAUCAAGAUUGUAUGAUUUGGAUACAUCAAGUUAUGGCAAUUCGCGAGAACUUAAAGCUUUAAUAAAGGCCUUUCGCGAUAAAGGGAUCAAAUGUCUUGCCGAUAUAGUUAUAAACCAUAGAUGGGCUGAAAACAAAGAUAUCAGAGGAAUCAACUGUUUAUUUGAAGGUGGUACCCCUGAUAAUAAGCUAGAUUGGGGUCCAAGUUUCAUUUGUGGUAACGAUACUAAAUUUUCCGAUGGCAAAGGUAACACCGAUACAGGUUUAGAUUGGGGCGAUGCACCGGAUAUAGACCAUGCUAAUCCACAAGUACAAAAAGACUUAUCAGAAUGGAUGAAUUGGCUCAAGACUGAAAUUGGUUUUGAUGGUUGGAGAUUCGACAUGGUCUUAGGAUAUGCACCUAGGUUCACUAAAAUCUACAUGGACAAUACUAAACCUGAUUUUGCUGUCGGGGAGUUCUUCUUGAAAUUUAAUAACAAACCGGAUGGGAAACCGGACUAUGAUCAGCACAGGAAUGAUUUAGUUCAUUGGGUUCAGAAUGCAGGUGGAGUUGUGACAACAUUUGAUUUUACGACUAAAGGUAUUCUUGGUACUGCUGUUGGUGAUAAGAGGUUUGAUUUGUUGAAAGAUGAUAAAGGAAAUCCUCCAGGAAUGAUUGGUAUUUUGCCUCAGAAUGCUGUGACUUUUAUUGAUAAUCAUGAUACUUACUCACAGCAGCAAUGGCCAUUCCCUACAAAUCCAAAUGAUAAAGUAACUCAGGGAUACACUUACAUUCUAACUCAUCCCGGCAUUCCAUCAGUGUUUUAUGAUCAUUUCUUCCUGUUCCAAGGGAUGAGGAAACCAAUUAAAGAUUUGUAUGCAGUUAGGAAGAGGAAUGAGAUUUCAUCAACAAGCAAAGUGAGGAUUUUGGAAGCUCAAAGUGAUCUUUAUGUGGCAAACAUUGAUGACAAAAUUGUUGUCAAGAUUGGACCUGGCAAUGUUGGAAAUCAUGUUCCAUCUAAUUUUCAAUUGGCAACAUCAGGUGUUGACUAUGCUGUGUGGGAAAAGAAGGCAUAAGUUUAUGAAUAAUAACAGUAUCAUUAGCAUUGCGGACCAUUCCUGGACCAAGGGUAGAUCUACGUUGGGUCCAGGGGUUCAUCCGAUCCCUCUUCGUUAAAAAAUUACACUGUAUAUAUAAGAUAUUUUUUUUUGAUUUGCGUGUAUAUAUUUAUCAUUGAACCCCCUGAGCACAAUCCAAAUGGCUUAGCUUAGUGGUAAAGGAGUUCAAUAUUUCGCCCAGCUACUCCAGUUUGCGGUUUCAAACCUAACGUGCGAUGUUUAGAGGUUUUUUGUUCGAGUUGGAGUGGAAGCAGUGAAGGGGGCGAGUUCCCUAACCUACGCGGUCUUUUAGUACUAGCAUUAGUGUUGAGACAUCAUGAAAAAAAUAAGCUGGACCAUAAUGUCC